GGCAAUUUAAAAAAUAACGACUCAGUUCCGAGUAUAGUUGAAAGUCCGAUACAGAUGUGAUCUCAAAGCCACGCACCCUAUCUCAUAAUACCUUAACAUCACUAAAAUGUCAUCCACCGCGACCCGGGCCUUGGCAUACCCAACAACAGCAAUCUCCUCCAUCACCAGAGUCGACAACAUACCCGCCUCCACGGUGCAAUGCCAUGCGUCCAAUCUUCUCCAACUCCCCGACAAAACCCUCCUCUGCACCUGGUUCGGCGGCACCCAAGAGGGCAUCCCGGACAUCUCCAUCUAUCUCUCCCGGCUCGCCCCCGGCCCCUCCUCAUCCUGGUCUACCCCCGUCAAGGUGUCCUCAGAUCCAACCCGCAGCGAGCAGAAUCCAAUCCUAUUCCGCGACCCCGCCACGGGAACCAUCUGGCUCUUCCACACGGCGCAGCCAGCCGGAAACCAAGACGAAGCCGUCGUUAUUGCGCGGACGUCCACCGACAACGCCGUCACUUGGUCUGCGCCUUAUGAGUUAUUACCGGGGCAUAAGGGGGCGUUUGUACGGCAACCGCUCGUGGUGCUCGAGGAUGGGACCUGGGUCCUGCCCUUCUUUUAUUGUCGCACACCGCCGGGCUUCAGGUGGAUUGGGAGUGAUGAUGUCUCAGCGGUGAUGCAUUCCAGGGACGGCGGGAAGAUGUGGGAUGAAAAGUUGGUUCCAAAUUCGAGGGGUGCGGUGCAUAUGAAUAUUGUCAAGCUGCCGUCCAAGAGGGAGUAUGUGGCGUUCUUCCGCAGUAGGUGGGCCGAUUGCAUUUACCGGUCCACGUCGAAGGAUGGCAUCAACUGGGAGGCGCCGGCGAAUAUAGCUCUGCCGAAUCCUAAUUCGGGGAUUUGCGCAGCGGCGCUGUCGGGUGGGGAGAUUGUCAUGGUGUUCAAUGACUCCAAGGCCGAGGAGGGGCUGGCGCGGAGAGAGGGGCUUUAUGAUGAUAUCGCGCCGGCUGAUGACAAGAGGGUGAACCAGCCGGGAGUGGGUGGGAAGUCUGCUGUGUGGGGAACUCCACGGAAAGCCUUGUCCAUUGGUCUCUCGAAAGAUGAUGGCAAGACAUGGAAGUACCGGGUGCUGGAAGACGGCGAUGGUUUCUGCAUGACCAAUGACUCCAAGGGGAGGUCAAACAGGGAGCUGAGCUACCCGAGUAUCUUCGUGGAGACAGGGGCUGAGAACCAGAGGAGUAUACAUGUGGCCUACACCUUUUUCAGGCAAAACAUCAAGUAUAUACAUAUUAGCGACGUUGAGGAGUAUGUAAACGGCGAGGGGGCUUAGGCACAGUGAUCUCCAAUAAGCCUACAAACGCCCCCAAUUCCCACCAAAACUCGAU